GGUCUUCAACGUAAGUCUCUCUUCCUCGUUCUUAUCUCCCUCUUCUCUCUCUCUUCUCUCUCUCUCUCGCUCAUGGAACCUAAAUACAUGAUUUAUGGUAUCUUUCGCCUUGUAAUGUCAAUUGCACUACUAACAAGUCCUACUGUAUCCAUAAUCAAAUGCAAUUUUCCGGCCAUCUUCAACUUUGGUGACUCAAAUUCAGACACUGGCGGUUUAUCGGCAGCAUUCGGAGAAGCUCCUCCACCCAAUGGAGAAACCUAUUUCCACUCUCCAGCAGGACGGUAUUCUGAUGGGCGUCUAGUAAUCGAUUUCAUAGCGGAAAGCCUAGGAUUACCUUAUCUCAGUGCUUAUCUGGACUCAGUGGGUUCAAACUUUAGCCAUGGAGCCAAUUUUGCAACUGCUGGAUCAACCAUCAGACCCCAAAACACAACCCUAUCACAAAGUGGAUAUAGCCCCAUUUCAUUGGACGUGCAGUUUGUUCAAUUCUCAGAUUUUCACAGAAGAUCCCAAGUAUUUAAAAAACAAGGAGGGAUCUUUGAGAAGUUGUUGCCAAAGGAAGAUUAUUUCUCUGAAGCUCUCUACACUUUCGACAUUGGUCAAAAUGAUCUCACUGCUGGUUACAAACUCAACAUGACCACUGAACAAGUCAAGGCAUAUAUUCCUGAUGUACUGGGACAGUUCUCAAAUGUCAUUAGGAAGAUAUAUGGUGAAGGUGGAAGGUCAUUUUGGAUACACAACACAGGCCCAGUGGGCUGCCUGCCAUACAUUUUGGACCGCUUUCUUGUCACGGCAGCCCAAAUAGAUAAAUAUGGGUGUGCAAUUCCAUUUAAUGAGGUGGCCCAAUAUUUCAACCUCGGUUUGAAAGAAACCCUAGCCCAACUCAGAAAGGAACUUUCCGAGGCCACAAUCACCUACAUUGAUGUCUACUCAGUGAAGUACACCCUCAUAACCCAAGCCCAAGAUCAUGGAUUCCAAGACCCUCUGAUAGCAUGCUGCGGGCACGGUGGGAAAUAUAAUUUCAAUAGGUUAAUGAAGUGUGGGGCAAAGAAGACUAUAAAUGGCAAGGAGAUUGUGAUUGCAAAAUCGUGCGUAGAUCCGACGGUUCGGAUUAAUUGGGAUGGGGUCCAUUACACCGAGGCGGCUAACAAGUGGAUAUUCCAACAAAUAGCUAAUGGCUCGUUUUCUUACCCACCAAUUUCACUGAAAAUAGCCUGUCAUUCAUAGGAAUGGACCACUGAAAUCACUUGGAACAUUCUCUCUCUCUCUCUCUCUCAUCUUCCAAAGAACUUUUUCCUAACAGGGAGGGAGGGAACAACCUUUUAGAGGAGAUGGGCCACCACAGGCCCAAAUCAUGCAAGCAUUCAUCUCUCCCCCUCAUCUUUAUGGCUACACCCGCAUGUGAGAAUCCUCCUGUAAUGGGUCAUCUGUAGUCCUUUUCUGUGUUACAUUUUGUUUUAAUAAAUAAAUAAUGUAACAUGACAAUGAUUUCACAA